CAGAGCAGUAAAAUUGACUUGCGCUCCGACACAUAAAUUCAGUGACGGAGUGAACAACAUUACAUCAUCCCGCGAAUCGACGUGAUACAAAAGUCUGAGUUACUUGAAGCGAGAUGACCAUUUUCAACCUGCUACUCGACGGUAACUUGAUGGUAGUGUAAUUGAGAAUUCUGCUAACAGAUAGUGCUGAAAAGUGGGAGCUUCGCGUUGACAUUUAGUGAACUCUCUUCAGCUGACUCUCGAAACCGAUGACAGCACUUGCGUUGACGCUACUCACUUUUCUGGCGGCGCUGCCUGAUGGCCUCCAGUUCGAAAUCGCUGGGGUUGAAGUUGGUAAGGGGCGACUUCUCAUGAAAGUCUACUCGGGACUCACAAAUGGGCUUCGCCAAUCCAGGCAGAUGCCCAUCGCCUCCCAGAGCCCGGAACACUUGGUCAACAAGGAAGAAGACUUUGCGGGAGACGCAAACGCCCCACUCGAUGGGAAGGAGACUGCAAUGUGGCACAGUCUUCUGGACGAAGUUCUGGAGGACGUGGACCAAUUGGACGACACUAUUUUUGAAGACGAAGAAGAAGUAGAAUUAACGACAAGAGGUGAAAUUCCGGAAACUGUGGACUGUUACGGCUUGCCUGAGCCUAUUUCUAAAGCACUUCGUUUCUUAUUCAGAACGAGUCGAAAAGAGACAGUCAACACACGCUACUUCCUGUCCACUAGAAAACAACGAGAAAGGGUAGAGCUGAAGCACGACACAGAUUUCAGCCUGAAUGAAACAGAUUUCGACCCUCGGCGCAUCAAGACGGUGUUCAUUGUGCAUGGAUUCAUGUCUAAUAGUGAGAUGCAAUGGGUUAAAAACUUGUCUGACGUCAUGCUGGAUGCAGUGGAUGCCAACGUGAUAGCAGUCGACUGGAGUGGUGGGGGUGGUAAUUGGAUGUACUGGCGAGCAGUGGCAAAUACCAGGGUCACCGGAGCAGAGGUCACCAAACUAAUAACAAAUAUGAUGGAAGCAGGUUUGAAAAGUAGGAGUAUCCACCUAAUAGGCCACAGUCUGGGGGCCCACAUCUGCUCCUACAUCGCUUCACAUCUUGGUGGAGUUGCCAGGAUCACAGGACUGGACCCUGCACAGCCGUGCUUCCAAGCCGACAGUCCUGAUAUAAGGCUAGACCCAAGCGACGCAGAGUUCAUUGACGUCAUCCACACAAAUGGCAGGGGACUCGUGAAGGUGGGACUAGGACUGCCAGAGCCCAUAGGUCAUGUGGACUUCUACCCGAAUGGAGGAGCUAAGCAACCUGGAUGCUCCAAGAAAAGGAAUAAACUGCUGUUGCCAAUCAUCGGCUUUAUCAAGAGCAGAAUAGAGAAAUCAAUUUGCAGUCAUGGUCGUUCUUACAUGUUCUUCAUUGAAUCCAUCAAGAUGGUAGAUAAAUGCUCCUUCUGGGGUCACCGCUGGGACAGGAAUGAGAGCAAUGCAAAUGCUGCAGUGCAAGCACCUUGCAAUGCUGCCAACUGCACUGAGAUGGGUAUUGAAGCAGACAUCUUUCCGGCCAGAGGCAGUUUCUAUGUCGCCACCAAGGAUAAAACUCCAUACUGCAUCCAAGAUCCAAGAACUGACAAUGAAAUGGUCACCUCCUUGUCCGAACUAUAUAGAAGAGAGAGCCGCAUACACAGAAACUAACAAAAUACAUGAAGAUAUAACAAAUUAAGUAUGAUUUGAGGUUAUUCUGACUGUGAGUACAGAGAUGGCUGUCUUCUGGGUUGUAGCACCACGUAGUCUAGUAGAAGUUUACCGUUUCAGAGGUCCUUGCUGUCUUCAUCAUCAGGGUGAAGCAAGGACCCUUUUCUACCAGACUACAUGGCACUACAACUCAGAAGACAGUCAUCUAUGUGACAAAUUAAAAUUACAAGUGACUGUAAGAUGCACUUCAUUAAAAUGAACUUUUGGCCUUGUUCUUAGUUUAUCAUAUCAUCAUGGCUUCCUUAAAUGAAAUGAACUUUGUAUUUUAUUAUCACUUAUCUUGUCAUAAUUUCAAUGUAUUUUAAAUAAAACUGUGACAUAAAAUGUGA